AUGUCUCAAGGACAGCUCAAUUCACCUAACCAGGCUUUCCAUUCGAUCACAAAUGAUACAGCACCAUCAGCAUCUAGUAUUUUUAAUGAUACUACGGAUAAGGGAAAGACUGAAGACACAUCUGUAGGAUCACGAAUCCUGUGUACCAUUUUUUUGACUUAUUCCGUGAUCAUUUCGGUGGGUCUCCUUGGAAAUGCUAUUCUCAUCAAAGUCUUUUUCAAGAUCAAGUCCAUGCAAACAGUUCCAAACAUUUUUAUCACCAGCUUGGCUUUUGGAGAUCUUUUGCUUCUAAUAACCUGUGUGCCAGUAGACGCAACCCGGUAUGUUGCGGAUACCUGGCUAUUCGGAAGACUCGGUUGCAAGCUCCUCUCCUUUAUCCAGCUCACUUCAGUCGGCGUGUCAGUGUUCACACUUACCAUUCUCAGCGCUGACAGAUACAAGGCAAUAGUGAAGCCCCUGGAACUGCCGGCUUCUGAUGCCUUCCUGAAGACCUGUGCAAAAGUUGGCUGUAUCUGGAUCCUCUCCAUGGUUCUUGCUAUCCCGGAGGCUGUAUUCUCAGAUUUAUAUCCUUUCUAUAAUCCUGAAAAAAACGAGUCUUUUGAAGCCUGUGCUCCUUAUCCUGUUUCCGAAAAGAACAGGCAAGAGGCUCAUUCUCUCCUAUGCUUCUUGGUCUUCUACAUUAUUCCCCUCUCUGUCAUUUCUGUCUACUAUGUUCUGAUUGCCAAAGCUCUUUACAAAAGCACCAUCGAAAUACCCGCCGAAGAGCAAGAACAUGCCCGCAAGCAGAUUGAAUCCCGCAAGCGAGUUGCCAAGACAGUGCUGGUGCUGGUGGGGUUUUUUGCUAUCUGCUGGCUGCCUAAUCAUAUCCUUUACCUCUACCGGUCCUUCACUUAUCAUUCUUCCAUUGAUUCUUCUACCUUGCAUCUUCUGGCCACCAUUUUCUCUCGGGCACUGGCUUUUAGCAAUUCCUGUGUAAACCCCUUUGCUCUUUACUGGCUGAGCAAAACUUUCCGGGAGCAUUUUAAAACACAAAUCUUUUGUUUCAAGUACAAAUGUCCCAGGCGUCCAGCUGUCACCAGGAACCUGACCACAGGCCUUGCUUCAGCUACUGGGAGCACCCAGGUGUCUUUUGCUUACAAAUGGAACAGAGAAGGGAAAAGACUGAGAAAGGAGUGGGGCAAAGAGAAGGAUUUUCCUGAGGCCAACAUCUCCUGA